AUGACUCCCCCUACUCGAAAUCCUUCGAAUCACGGAAAAACGAAUAGACACAAUCAACGGGUAGGUGUGCAAAUGAAAUUCUCCCCAUCUUUUUCGACUUUUAGCCGUAUCCCGACAUUCGUACCGUCGCGACUUACCGUACCACUCCAAACUCGAACCAUCGCGCUCAAACUGAUUCGGACCGCAACAACAACUACAGUUCAAACACGGGAUCUCAUGGAACGUCGAGAGUCGAGACCGAACGCCCACUAGAAACCCGUUCGAUCAACAAUGCUGGAGAGCCAGUUGAUGUGAGUUGAAGAAAGAUAGAGCUAAUGUUGAGCCAAUUUUAUUCUUAGGUGAUGUCACUUCCGUCAUUCAAUAGAAACGCUAUAAUGACGCGGAGAGUCAAGAAGGAACUUGUCGGUAAAUGAAAUUGUAGCAGUUAUCUUGGUUUUGAUUGGAUUGGUUUGACUCAAAUCAAUACAACAUCCCGCUCAUCGGCCUUUUAACAUAUCCUGAGUCUUGAUGGAUCGACAGUUUUUUCAGACCCGAUUGAAACGCAAGUAAAAAUGCUGGAGGGGAAUCAGCAGGACAUUUCCAAACAACUCGAGGAGAUAAAAUCUACUAUCAAAGCAAUUGUUCCGGAAUUUAAUGAGAUGUUGUCAGCGAAAUGCUGUACUUUCACUAAGCUUAUCGAAGGAGUGACUGGAACCAUGGAUCAACUGAUAAAAAAGCUCGAAAGUUUGUCCAUUUCGUCAGCUGAACGCUCUACCGCUAUGAUCGAAAAACAAGCUACAAUGGCCGGCGCGCAUGAGCAGGCAAUGCGAUUUAUCGCAAUGAGCAUAAGCCAGUUUACCGAUGAGAUCAAAAAGCUGGACGAUAAGAACUCCAAGUGUUUGGAGGAGGUCCAGAAGCAACAAGAAACGUGGCAACGGCAUCAGAAUCGUGCAAUUGCCGCUUUCACAAGAAUCAACAACGAGAUGGCUAAUCUCCCCAUAUUUCACCAAGGCCUGAAAGAAAUGAGACAGGAAGUGGCGAACAUUCAACACUGGAUCGGGCGGAACAACACCGCGUUCAGAGCAGAAAUGCAAAAUCUGAAACAAGGUCAGAGAGGAGUGGAUUUGAAAUACAUAAAACACCAAUUUUCGUUUUUGUAGAAAUGAUGGACGAGAUCCAACGUCAAAGCCAACUCGAUCGCGAUGAGAGAGCUUUGCAAGCAAACGGUCCUCUCCAGAUUCCUCCACUCAUUCCGUUUGUGAGUAGAUAAAUAGAAAAAGAAACAAUAUAACUGAAAAUGGCAUCUUUGCAGCCACCACUCCCAUUCGGGUUUCCUUUCCCUAAUAUUCCAAUCGAUGUCAGAAGAAACUUGUUUGCUGCUCUCGCUGCGACCGCUCCGAACGCUGAGACCGCUCCGAACCAAGCACAACCGGUAAAUCAUCAGAAUAAGCUAAAAACUAUAACGAGACAUGUUAAUAUCAGCCGGUUCCAAUCCAACCAUCAAACCAACAACAAGCACAAUUACCGGUGUUCGGACAUCAGAUGGAAAAUCUUCCUCAUUUCGGCGUGUUCAUGCACCCUUUUGCGCAGAUUCCACAAGUCCAAAAUCUGCACAAUCUUCUUCAUCUCAUACAGUUCCAGCCGAAUGAGCAUCCGUUGGUUCAGGGACCACCGUUCCCUGAGGGAUCUCAAAUGAUUCAACCGGACCAGCCACAACCUGCUGCAAACAAUGCUGUUGACCAGCAGAAUGAACAGGUGAGAUAAUCGCUGAAACAAUCUGAAACAAGGGUGUGUUUUCAGAAUAUGGCCAACUGA